AGUAAUUAUUAACUCCCAAGCUAUUACAGUCCCUACAACUACUCAAGCUGGCACAGAGAUUUUUGAGUGUAAAAAAGUACUAGAAUAAUACUUGAUCCAUUGAACAACUUCCUCAAUUGGAGUGAGAGCAUUAUUGUGUAAGGCUAUGUUUCUACUUUUCCAAGUGCGGUAGAGACAAGCAUCAAAGAUCGCUACUAUCUCCCUCUUCUUCUUCAUUGGAGCAAUCCCCUAAAUGUGUUCAGUCAUUUCAGUGAUGCCCUCAGAAAGGCCUUAGCCGUACGCCCGUACACAAGAUAUACUUCACCUAGCCGGUACUGGCGUACUGCUCCACCCCAGACUAUCGACGGAAAUCCAUAGCGCCACCGGAGGACGCCCCACGGCGGCAAGCUCAACCACACCACAACCGCCAAUCCGGGACUGGCCUACUGCAGAGUCUUCCCCUGCACGGCAACAGGAUAUAGUAGUUGGCUAGUUGCUGGUUGGAAGGUGAUUUGAUGUGUACUGGUUUGCUACAAGAUUAAGACGAGCAUUUGGAUUCCAAAAUCCAUAUUGUUCUUUAUGGCUUCCGUUUUGCAACAAAUACCUGCAGAUGAUUCAGUUCUUGUAAGUGUCACCCAUGCAAAUAUCAAGAGUUUCUUGGCUGAUGUUCGUUUCUAUCUUCAGAUGACAGUAGAAGCUGUGAAAGAAAAGCUAUGGAAAAAGUGUGGAACUUCUGUUGCUUCAAUGCGUCUUGAGCUUUAUGAUGAUAGUGGUGCUAAAAUUGCAGACUUGAGCGAUGACAUGAAACCAUUUGGCUUUUAUUCUCCACAAGAUGGGUAUCGGCUACAUGUUAUUGACACUGAUCCAUCGUCAAUAUUAGCUGGUGGUUGGAUGGAUGAUACCUCGAAUGUGGAGAAAUACACAAUCUCUGAGGAGGCUUAUGAUAAACGUGAUGGUACUUUCAAAAAGUUCAAGGAACAAUUGCCACAUAAACAUACUACUACUAGUGAAGCCAAGAUAUGUGACAAUUACAUGGAGGAUCUUUGCGCGCAUAUCAAGGUAGGGGAUAGAUGCCAAGUUGAGCCUGGAGAAAGGAGAGGCAUUGUCAAAUUUGUUGGUCGGGCAGAAACACUCGCUUCUGGUUUUUGGGUUGGAGUUCAAUUUGAUGAACCAGUAGGAAAACACGACGGCAUGGUGAAAGGCAAACGCUACUUCGACUGCCCUCCCCUUCACGGCGCAAUGGUUCGCCCAGAUAAAGUAAAGGUUGGGGAUUAUCCAGAACGAGAUCCAUUUGAAGAAGAUGAAAUUUAGUUGUUUUCUUCAUUUCAAUUGUUGCAAAUUGUGAGACCAAUUUGACCGUUUGAGAGCCAUGUGAAUGAUGCAAAGCAAACAAUAACUAUUUUUAAGGUAUGGGUGCAGACUCGAUUUCACUAAUGAGAUUUUCAAUCUUCAGACUUUUUUCUUGACUUUGUCUCUUCAGUUUUCACCAGUGAUAUUUUUAGUUAUGCCAAACAUAGCCUAUGUCAUGUAUAUGGCGUACCCCCAUAGUUUCAAUGUAGGCAUAAUGUGUAGCAACAUGCUGGGAGUCAUUACAAACAAUUUAGGUAAAGGCAAAAACAUGUAGUGUUUAGGCAAAAAUAUGUAGUGUU